GAGGGUGGACCGGUUGUAGACCAGAAGGAAAGAGAAGAAGAAGUAGCGAAAGAUGGCAGAAGCGAACGCCAACAACAAAGACAAUCGAAGACGAAGAAGAAUCCUAGAACAAGGAUCCGACCGUCUCGCCUUCAUAACGGGUCGGAUCCAAACACCUCCUCCCCCUCUUCCGGAUCCCCAUCCAAACACGCCCUUUCCCUCCACUGUUGAAGACUCCCUUUCCACUUCGCAAAAUCCCCAACCCUAUCCCUCCGACGUUUCCAACCGUAAAAUCCAAGCACCCCCUUUCGCAACUGAAAACGAGAUUUCAAGUGUCCCAACUUCCGAACCCGAACCUGUACCUGAACCUCAACCCGAGCCCGAACCUGUCCAGAUUCUACCAGAAUCCAAACCUUUCAUCCUCCCGAGUGACAUAACCGGUGCCAUCAACGCCUCAAAGGUUACUCGUCUUUGUUGUUCCGUUGUUAUGGCUGUUCUAGUCCUUUCAUCUUAUCUUCGAUUUUCUUUCUUCGACACCAACUUCGUUAAGAGUGUUGUAGGGUUUAGGCCACUCUAUUUGGUUCUCCUCACCAAUUUAACGGUUGUGGUUGCAACGAUCGUGUCUCGAAAACAGAGAGGUUUCGGGAGAAGAACACGCAACACAAAUUCUUCUGAUUCGCAACUUGCUAGGGCAUUGGAAUUAGGUCUGCUGGUGAAGAAUGUGGCGGAUGCAGUGUUCAUGGAUUGUGCUGUUUAUGCUAUCGUUCUCAUUUGUGGCCUUUCCUUGCUCCACACAUGACAACCACACUUGCACUUCCCUUUUGAUUUUGUAACUGAUUCAGUUUUAGUAGUUCACUAAUUUCAUUUUAAUGUUCUUUUUUAUGAGCAUUUGUUUCUCGCAGUGAGAUUAAUGAAGGCGCAUUGUGUAUUAUUGUAUUAACCACCCUGCAAUUUGGAAAAUUAAGCUAGUUGUUAGGAUAUAGAAUGCAUUUAGAACGCAUGUCUUUUGAAUAGUUAUGCAAUAGCUGCUCGUUUCUGGCAUUUAUUAGUUUCAGAAAUUGUAUUUGGUGAUGCAAAAUAUUAUGCAACAGAAGGAGAUAUGAAGAAAAAAAGAAA